GCGAGAGAUGGUGGUGGGGAAUGUGGUGAGACGUGUGCUCGGUUUGAUCCGUGACGAGGCCGAGGACGAUAGAGAAGCCGACUUUACACUGAGCGAGACCGGCUCUGAAAGCCAGCCGCAGACCCCGCGUGCUAUGGAUGACCCUUCGGAAUCCAUGUCGAGCCGCUUCGAUGGCUCCGAUCGAUCGUCCUCCAGACCCACGGCGGCCUUGUCUGCGCCGAUUUCCAUGUUCAGUCUUCUUUCACACCCCGAGCCCGACCCGUCGCUGCCAGGUACGCCGGUGUCAGCCUCGCCAUCCGGCAGAUUCCUGGGUCACGCGCCCAACAAGGACGUUCGGGCGGAGGUUCUUGAGGGUAUCAACGAGAUCAUCGAUGAGCUGGGCCAGGUCGAUGACCAGAUCGCCGCCUACGCCCUCGACCACAUUCACUCCAACGAGAUUAUUCUCACGCACACCUCGUCCACCACCGUCCAGAGGUUCCUGCUGAAGGCUGCAGCCAAGCGCAAGUUCACCGUCAUCCAUGCCGAAUCCUACCCCAACAACCAUGAGGCGACACACGCCACCGUCAGCGGCACUAGCCCCAACGACGACGAAAUCCUGAGCACCGAGGCGUUCCAAAAACCCUUGAUCGCUCUGGGCAUCACGGUCAUCUUGAUUCCCGACUCCGCCGUCUUUGCGCUGAUGUCGCGAGUGAACAAGGUCAUUCUGGGCACCCACUCGGUUCUUGCCAACGGCGGUUUGAUCGCGGCGGCAGGCACUCGGGUCAUUGCUCGCGCAGCCAAGGUGCACCAGACUCCCGUCGUCGUGGUCAGCGGCGUGUACAAGCUCAGUCCGGUGUAUCCGUUCGACUUCGACUCGUUGAUUGAAUACGGAGACUCUAGCAAGGUCAUCGGCUAUGAGGACGGCGACCUUGUAGACCAGAUUGACGUCCAGAACCCGCUGUACGACUAUGUCCCGGCGGAGCUGGUUGAUCUUUAUAUCACCAACUUGGGCGGCCACGCACCAUCUUAUCUGUACCGUAUUGUGUCCGACCACUACCGCAAGGAGGAUAUCAACUUCUAAAUGUGUGCUAUCUUGAUAACAAAAAUGAAAGAAUCACGAAGAAAAAAAUGAACCAGAAAACAGAGGG